AUGGCACCCACAAAAAUGCCGCUUCAGGCCGAUGAAGAGAUGGGCAAGAAGGAUGAUGAUCACCGACCAAUCGAUGCGCGCUUUCGAUCUUUACGGCACAAAGCAAUUCCUCGUCCUCGUCGCAUUUUCAUCAUCUUGAUCAUACUCAUCAUACUCUACGAGUUCUUCAAGAACAUGCCGACGGACCUAGCACCCGCCGUCGAACGAUACGAUCCCGGGAUGGCAAAGUUACGAGCGGAAACGCUGGCCAAAUGGACCGGGCCAGAGCAAGUGUCUACCAGUACCAAACCAGAUGGAUUACCGCUGGCCCCGGCGCCAGUAUGGGAGCAGAAGGGAAAAGGCUAUGAAGGGAAGGUCAUGUUCCCCGAGCUGGAGCACUCUCUUCCUCGUUACAAAUAUUCGAGCAAGACAAGCAGCCGCGCAGUAUUAUUUGCUGCAUCAAGUUUGCGUAGCAUGUCAGACAUGCUACCGCUAGCCUGUCACAUGGCCAACCAGCCGCUAAGCUACGUGCAUUUUAUCUUGAUGGGAAAGGAUGAAAUAUCUGUCCCAGAUAUCAAGGCCGUGAAUGGGAUCAAAGAGAACGAAUGUCCAAUCAAAUGGCAUGUUGGUCGACCCGAUGCUGCGGCCAUGUCUACCGACGCCCGUAUGAAGCGUUCCGUUAGAGAUGGACUGCAGAUUUUAUGGGCAUACAUCAGGCCCGAAGUUAUCAUUUCACAAGGCAAAAGUUGGGAAGAUUCCUUCUUCUGGGAGGGAGUGGAAGCACAUUGCCGAGACAGUCGUACUCCCCACAUAGCCCUCCCAGCCGCUUCAAAAGAUCUCAUGUGGAUGGCCUAUUUGGACAGCGCAGCUCUCCAAUCAUGGAAUAAAGUUCGCAUUGAAAUGGUGAUCAAUGCGCCUGAAUUUUCUGGGUCUUUGAUCCGGCUUGUGAAAUCCUUGGAUGCAGCUGAUUAUCUAGGAUCUGUUCCGCGCUUGACUAUAGAGCUUCCUCCGGUGGUAGACCCGCAGUUGCUUGAAUUCUUGCGGCGACCAGAGGGACUGAGCCAGCUUGCAGACCGUAUAACCCUACGACGUCGGAUCCAGCCACACCGCAUGGACCCAGCAGAAGCCUCGCUCCGGACUCUGGAAUCAUUCUAUCCAUUAGAACCAGAGAUGACACACUUGCUCAUGCUGUCCCCUCAGGCAGAAUUGGCACCAUCGUUCUAUCAUUACCUAAAGUACAGUGUUUUGAAUUACAAACACUCUGCCCGUGCCAAACACAUAUUCCCCAAAUUGGUCGGUGUCUCCCUCGAACUGCCAUCCACCAAACCCACCGUGGAUAGAGAGAUAUUCGCCCCACCGGAAAUGUUUGCCAAGGAUAAAGAACAUGUUGUUCCUUCGUUUAUUUGGCAAGCCCCAAAUAGCAAUGCAGCUCUUUACUUUGGUGAUCUUUGGACGGAAUUCCACUCGUUCCUGUCCAACCGCCUAUCGACACCUGAAUCCGCACCUGUGUCUCAUACUAAAUUGAUAUCCGAACAAUAUCCCGCGUUCAUGGAAUAUUUGCUCGAGUUGAUCCGCGCAAAAGGUUAUUAUCUUCUGUAUCCAUCUUUCCCGGGCAAGGAAUAUCACUCGAUUGCAACAAUCCACGAAGAGCUAUAUCAGCCCCCCGAAGAAUUUGGAGACAGAAUCGCCUCUAGCCCUGAUAAUGAAGGUGAUUCAGCUACCGCCUCAGGGUCUGUUGAGAAAUCACCCAGCCACAUAACUACUAUCAUGCCUCUGUUUGACCUAUUCCCCUCAGGGCUACCGGAUCUUGAUGCCCUGUCUCUGCUUGGAUUUGACGGAGAGCGAUUAAAUGCUGAUGAUUACGAAGCGCGAACAAGAGAGUACCUGCAAUCGUUCCGCACUGAUUAUGGAGGAUGUGUUGGAGAUAGUAAGAUGGACACUCCUUCGCCAGACUUGUUUUGCCAGCAAAAAUGA